AAAAGUGCCUAGUCCAAACGAUCUAAGUGUGUACAAUAUAUAUGAUAAAAUAUAACAAAAUAGUAAUUUUUAAUAAAUCUAAGUUUUUUUAGGCAAAUUAAAUCUUAGUUAACCAUUCCACAAUCUAUAUAUUGAUAUUUCAUCUCCUCUUUCCUUUUGAAGUAAUUUCUUCCUUAUUUAUAUGCUCUUACAACAUAAGUCCUUUUCAAAAACUGAUUAUUCAAUAAUCUGAUUUUUUUUCAAACAGAUUCACCAAUGCAAACCACAAUGGCAAGAAUAAGUCCAUUGUGGUUCAUGCUUCUUCUUAUGAUGGCUUAUAGUUCUUCCUAUGUAACUCAUGCUUAUAAGGGUAAGUUACCUUUGAGGAUUAUUUCUGGUGCCACUCAUCAUCAUGAAGCAAUGCUUCAAUUGAAUGCAUUCAAGGUCUCAUUCACCAAACAUGACUCUAUUGCUUCACCACCAUCUUCCUUUUCACCCUCUCCUAGCCCUUCUCCUAUGCCACCAAAGGAUCUUAAGAAGCCACAUGAGUACCUUGUAACAUCAUAUGGUGCUGAUCCAACUGGAAAUUCAGAUAGCACUGAGGCUCUUCUUGCAGCCAUAGCAGAUGCUGCAAAAGGUCCAAGUAAAGGGUUUUUGGUGAAUGACAUAAUUGACCUUGGAGGUGCUCAGAUUAAUCUUGAAGGUGGAAAUUACUUGAUCAGCAAGCCUUUGCAGUUUCCAGUUGCUGGUGUUGGAAAUCUUAUGAUACAUGGAGGAAGUAUAAGAGCCUCAAACACUUUUCCACCAAACAAAAAUCUAAUUGAUUUAUCAAACUAUGGUUCAACUUCACACUCCUACAAUUAUGAAUACAUAACUCUCAAAGAUCUCUUUCUAGAUUCAAACUUCAAAGGUGGAGGAAUUUCAAUCACAAACUCACUAAGAAUCAACAUAGAUAAUUGUUACAUAACACAUUUUACAACAAAUGGAAUUUUAGUCCAAAGUGGUCAUGAAACAUACAUUAGAAAUUGUUUCAUUGGUCAACACAUAACUGCAGGAGGUGACAAAAAUGAAAGAAAAUUUUCAGGCAUUGGAAUUAGCCUUCAAGGGAAUGAUAAUGCAAUCACUGAUGUUGUGAUUUUCUCUGCUGCUAUUGGAAUUAUGAUUACUGGUCAAGCAAAUAUAAUUUCUGGUGUGCAUUGUUAUAAUAAAGCUAGUGGAUUUGGUGGCACAGGAAUUUAUUUGAAACUACCAGGUUUAACACAAACAAGGAUUGUAAAUUCUUACAUGGAUUACACAAACAUUGUUGCUGAAGAUCCUGUUCAACUUCAUAUCUCAAGUAGUUUCUUCCUUGGUGAUGCAAAAAUUGUUCUAAAAUCAAUCAAAGGUGUUGUUAAUGGUCUCAACAUUGUUGACAACAUGUUCUCCGGAUCAAAUCAUGGUGUUGAAAUUGUGAAGCUAGACACAUCAAUUACUCCUUUUAAUCAAAUUGAACAAGUUUUUGUUGCUAGAAAUGUUGUGAAUGGUAUGAAUUUAAAGGCUACUUCAGCAAUGAUAUCUAUGCAUGGAAAUGGAACUUCAUGGAUUGCUGAUUUUAACAAAAUUUUGAUUUUUCCUAAUCUUAUUAGAAAUGUUGAAUAUUCUCUAAGUGCUAGUGGUAACACAUUUCCUAAUCAUGCUCUUAGAAAUGUGUCUCAUAAUAUUGUUGUGAUUGAAACUAAUGAGGUUGUGACUGCAAAUAUUUAUGUCAAAGUGGAUCAAGGUAUUACAAGUUGAUGGAAUUUUUUAUGGUGGUGGCUAGAAAAUUGAGUCAUCAAGAUCUGAAGAGGGAAUUUUGCACAUAUAUGGUUGUGAAUGUUUUUUUUUUCUUUGGAUAACAUUAAAUACAACCAUACUAUUAUUUUCAUUUUUUAUAUAUA